GGCUCUGGAAUUUCCUCCCGCACUUGGAUGGUUCCGGACAGACCCAACUCAAAUCUUCUGAUCUCACGACUACUCCGGUACAAGCGUCUUUGCCUCUCGCCUAAUAAUUCAGAUGGGUGAUGACGAUUUUCGACGACGGAGACCGAACCCAAGGUGCCUGUCAAGAGGGCUGAUCAGGCUUCCAGCGCACCGCACCGAAGCCAACCACGAAGGAGCAGAAAAGAUGCAAGGUGCAAGUCGCGAGAAGGUUUUGUCUUAUUGUGAAUCGGCAGAGGUCUGUAUGUUUUGCGCCUCUGUGGGGUUAGGUUGUGGCUACAAUUAUUCACAGGCAGCUGCCAUUGAGUUCUUUAGACUAUUGAUGGUGAUAUUACUUUUGUGAAUGGAAUCCAG